UCAUUGCUGUGCGAGCCCUGCCCUCUGUCCUCACUCGCCGCAGACGGCCUGUUUCUCCGCUUGCACGCCCGCCGGCCGCCCCGCAGAAAUGCUCCGAUUACCUGCAGUCCUUCGUCAAGUGAGGCCAGUGUCCCGGGUACUGGCUCCUCACCUCACUCGGGCUUAUGCCAAAGAUGUAAAAUUUGGCGCAGACGCCCGAGCCCUAAUGCUUCAAGGCGUAGAUCUUUUAGCCGAUGCUGUAGCCGUAACUAUGGGGCCAAAGGGAAGAACGGUGAUUAUUGAGCAGAGUUGGGGAAGUCCUAAAGUAACAAAAGACGGUGUCACAGUUGCAAAAUCAAUUGACUUAAAGGAUAAAUACAAGAAUAUUGGGGCCAAACUUGUCCAAGAUGUUGCCAAUAACACAAAUGAAGAGGCCGGCGAUGGUACCACCACGGCCACUGUACUGGCACGCUCAAUCGCCAAGGAAGGCUUUGAGAAGAUUAGCAAAGGUGCUAAUCCAGUGGAAAUCAGAAGAGGUGUGAUGUUAGCUGUUGAUGCUGUAAUUGCUGAGCUUAAGAAGCAAUCUAAACCUGUGACAACACCUGAAGAAAUUGCUCAGGUAGCUACAAUUUCUGCAAAUGGAGACAAAGAAAUUGGCACCAUCAUUUCUGAUGCAAUGAAAAAGGUUGGAAGAAAGGGUGUCAUCACUGUAAAGGAUGGAAAAACAUUGAAUGAUGAAUUAGAAAUUAUUGAAGGAAUGAAGUUUGACCGAGGUUAUAUUUCUCCAUAUUUUAUUAAUACAGCCAAAGGUCAAAAAUGCGAGUUCCAGGAUGCCUAUGUUCUAUUAAGUGAAAAGAAAAUUUCUAGCAUUCAGUCCAUUGUACCUGCUCUUGAAAUUGCCAAUGCUCACCGUAAGCCUUUGGUCAUAAUUGCUGAAGAUGUUGAUGGAGAAGCUCUAAGCACCCUCGUUUUGAAUAGGCUAAAAGUUGGUCUUCAGGUUGUAGCAGUCAAAGCUCCAGGUUUUGGCGAUAAUAGAAAGAACCAGCUUAAGGACAUGGCGAUUGCUACUGGUGGUGCAGUAUUUGGAGAAGAGGGAUUGACCUUGAAUCUUGAAGACGUUCAGCCUCAUGACUUAGGAAAAGUUGGAGAGGUCAUUGUGACCAAAGAUGAUGCCAUGCUCUUGAAAGGAAAAGGUGACAAAGCUCACAUUGAAAAGCGUAUUCAAGAAAUCAUUGAGCAGUUGGACAUCACAACUAGUGAAUAUGAAAAGGAAAAACUGAAUGAACGUCUGGCAAAACUUUCAGAUGGAGUAGCUGUGCUAAAGGUUGGUGGGACAAGUGAUGUGGAAGUGAAUGAGAAGAAAGACAGAGUUACUGAUGCCCUCAAUGCAACACGAGCUGCUGUUGAAGAAGGCAUUGUUCUUGGAGGUGGCUGUGCUCUGCUUCGGUGCAUUCCGGCCCUGAACUCAUUAACUCCAGCAAAUGAAGAUCAAAAAAUUGGUAUUGAGAUUAUUAAAAGAACACUCAAAAUUCCUGCAAUGACCAUUGCUAAGAAUGCAGGUGUUGAAGGAUCAUUGAUAGUUGAGAAAAUCAUGCAGAGUUCCUCAGAAGUUGGUUAUGAUGCUAUGAUCGGAGAAUUUGUGAAUAUGGUAGAAAAAGGAAUCAUUGAUCCAACCAAGGUGGUAAGAACUGCGUUGUUGGACGCUGCUGGAGUGGCCUCUCUGCUGACCACAGCAGAAGUUGUAGUCACAGAAAUUCCUAAAGAAGAGAAGGACCCUGGCAUGGGUGGGAUGGGUGGAAUGGGCGGGGGCAUGGGAGGCAUGGGAGGCGGCAUGUUCUAAUUGUUACACUAGUGCUUUGCCAUUUUGAACUGUGACAAGGAAGCUCCAGGCAGUAUUCCUCACCCAAACCCUCAGAGAAGUCAGUUCAGGAGAAGAAAACGAAGAAAAGGCUGGCUGUUGUUUUGAGAAAAUCCCUAUCACCAUCAGUUACUGGUUUCAGUUGACAAUGUAGAGUGGUUUACUGCUGUCAUGUCCAUGCCUAUAGAUAAUUUAUUUUGUACUUUUGAAUAAAAAGACAUUUGUACAUUCCUGAUACUGGGUGUAAGAGCCAUUACCAAUGUACUGCUUUCAACUGAAAUCACUGAGGCAUUUUUACUAAUAUUCUGUUAAAAUCAGGAUUUUAGUGCUUGCCAUCAUUAGAUGAGAAGUUAAGCAGCCUUUCUGUGGAAGAAUAAUUGUGUACAAAGUAGAGAAAUACUCAAUUAUGUGACAACUUUUCUGUAAUAAAACCUUGUUUAAA